UAGACAUGACUUCUUUGAACGUUCCAUUAAAUCUCCUUUCAGAAAAAGCAGGUAUUAUGGAAGAAGGAAGCAGCAUUGCAGUAUUGAUGCCAAAUAUUGGGGAGCAGGAGGCUGUGCUGAUUUCUGAAACAGUCAUUGGCCCAACACUGCAGAGCAGCGAAGACCAGAGAAAAUGUAAAACUGACCCUCUGAUCCACGUGAUCCAGAAGCUGAGCAAAAUAGUGGAAAGUGAGAAGUCACAAAGAUGCCUUUUAAUAGGGAAGAAACGUUCCCAUGCCGAUGCUUCUGCACAGUCCUUGGAUGCAGAUGAGCUUUGUGAAAUCCCAGCUAAAGCAAUUGAGCUCUCCGUGAUUGCUACCAAAAAGACUGAAGAGUUACAAGCAGAUUAUUUUGUGACUGAAUGUCUUCCACAAAGCAAAAAAAAGGUGACGUGCUACCAGUGUGGUCUCUGUACAUUUCUAUCGCCUUCGCUCUUAACUCUACAAGAACACAUAAAACAACAUGGGCAGAAAAAUGAAGUGAUAUUAAUGUGCUCAGAAUGUCAUUUUGCCUCCAAAAGCCAAGAAGAACUUGAAUCCCACUUCCAAAAUCACCACGAGAAUGCUGGUAAAAACAGCAUCCCAACAAAAGUGCAGCAGUGUGUCAAUGUCACAAGUUCAUUUCUGCAAGGGCCAGUAGUGAAGGAAGGAAGUGUCAAAUCAGGGACUGAUCAGACAGGGAAUCUGGAAUGUAAGGAUACAACUCAGUCUGCUCCUGUGCCUGAAAUGGGUAGGAGGAAAUGGUACACCUACGAGCAGUAUGGCAUGUACAGGUGUUUGAUUUGCAGGUACACCUGUGGUCAGCAGAGGAUGUUGAAAACACACGCUUGGAAACACGCAGGGGAGGUUGAUUGCUCCUACCCCAUCUUUGAGGAAGAAAAUGAAACCACCAGCUUGUCAGAGACAGUUGUAACUCACACACCUCAUAGUGUGGAUACAGUUGUCCUUUCUUUGGAAAACAACGAACUUGAUAUCCAUAGUGAGCCUUCUCUUCAGCUUCAGAUUUGCAAUUCUGAGCAACUGUCAUGUAAAUCGCCCAUAGGAGCAAAUGUAAAAGAGGAAGAGAUAUUAAGUGAGUCUGUGGUGCAUUCUCCUACAGAGGUUGUAGAGGAGACUGUAUCAGAUACAGAGCCCGACAAUUUGAUAACUGACAGCCUGCUGUCAUCAGCACAGAAAAUCAUCAGUUGUAGUCCAAAUAAAAAGGGUCACAUUAAUGUCAUAGUAGAGCGUUUGCCAGGUGCUGAAGAAAGUGUUUUACAAAAGCCAUUCUUAAUGAAUACUGACAUUGAAACAGAAAAAAAAUUGAUCUCAGAGGAGUCCUCUGUUACCUGUGAAGAACCUGAUGAAGUUUAUCAUUCAGAUGCAAUUCAAGAAGUAAUAAUAGAAUGGAAUAAUACCGAGAAGAAAGAUAACGAAUUAAGCGCUAAUAAAAAUGUAACAGCUGACGAAAAUGUGCCUCCUGCACGAAGGAGGACAAAUUCAGAGUCCUUGCGACUGCACUCCUUAGCAGCAGAAGCUCUUGUGACAAUGCCAAUUAGAGCUGCAGAACUGACACGGUCCAGCCUCAGGGCUCUGACUGGAGAAGAUGCUGUGGAUGCAGGUGCAGGGCAGGGCCCUGAUGGCCCAUGCAUGGCUCAUUCUAAAGCGGUGUCCUCACUUAAGGAUCCUUCAGAGGAGUUCGGUGGCUUAAACCAAAGUGAAUGUGCAAUAGUUGAGAUAAAGAAAGAGAGACCAGAGUUAUCAGAAGCACCCAUUAAAAUGGGCAUCAGCAUGUCACUGCUCACUGUCAUUGAAAAACUGAAGGAGAGGACAGACCAGAACGCUUCUGACGAUGACAUCCUGAAGGAGCUACAGGACAACGCCCAGUGCCAGAGCGCGGGCGAGGCCGCGGUGGCCGGCAGUAACCUGGUGGAGUUCCUGCCCAGCGCCGAGCGGCCGUACCGCUGCCGCCUCUGCCACUACAGCAGCGGCAACAAGGGCUACAUCAAGCAGCACCUGCGGGUGCACCGCCAGCGCCAGCCCUACCAGUGCCCCAUCUGCGAGCACGUGGCCGGGGACAGCAAGGGCCUGGAGAGCCACAUGAUCAACCACUGCAAAGCUCGCAUGUACCAGUGCAAGCAGUGCCAGGAGUCCUUCCACUACAAGAGCCAGCUGCGAAAUCAUGAAAGAGAACAACACAGUCUUCCAGAUCUCUUCUCCACAGCUACAGCUAACAAACUAGUAGUUUCCAAUGAAGCAGAUGAUAGAGAAGGAAGCAAGUCUUCAGUUCAGAAGCUGUUCAGGUGUGAUGUCUGUGACUACACGAGCACGACGUACGUGGGGGUCCGGAAUCACCGCCGGAUCCAUAACUCGGAUAAGCCAUACAGAUGUCGCGUGUGUGACUUCGCCACCACAAAUAUGAAUAGCUUGAAGUGCCACAUGAGGCGGCACCCCCAGGAGCAUCAGGCAGUGCAGCUCUUGGAACAGUUCAAAUGUUCUCUCUGUGGCUAUGUAUGUAGCCAUCCUCCAUCCUUGAAGUCCCACAUGUGGAAACAUGCAAGUGACCAAAAUUAUAACUAUGAACAAGUGAACAAGGCUAUUAAUGAUGCAAUUUCACAAAGCAGUAGGUUUCAAGGACAGCUCACUGACAAAACCUUAUUAGAAGGCACAGAUGAAAGUACAGUACCUAUACUAGGAAAUUCAGACAACUUGGUGUCUUUUACAGAGUCAAUUAACCAGACUACAAAUGAAAUUUCAGGUUCUGAUGAAAAUGAAAAACCUAGCUUGAUGAAUACCUCAUGCAGUUUAGAAAAGAACUCCACUCUACCCCAUCUUGGCACAGAAUACUGUGUUCUUCUCUUCUGCUGCUGCAUUUGUGGUUUUGAGUCUACCAACAAAGAAAAUCUGCUGGAUCAUAUGAAAGAACAUGAGGGUGAAAUCAUAAACAUCAUUCUAAACAAGGACCACAGCACGGCUCAGAAUACAAACUAGGUGAAGCAGUAAGUUAAGAGGAUUUCCUAGAGUGAAUAUUUCUUUCUUUGCUAAUUUUUGCCUGACAAACUUGCUAAAGAGAAGAAUUGCAAGCAAAACUUGAUUUCCCAUCCUGAGUUCUUGUUUCAGUAGGAGUACAGUGUUUUAACCAGGGACUGAUGAAUCAUUUAAGAGAUAAAUAUAAGGUCUGGAGAAUAGAUCAAUUCAUUUUUACCUGUUACUUCUUUAUAUGGUGCCAAGAAUGUAGGAUUGUUGUUUUUUUUUUCUUUUCCUGUCAGGUAGUAGUCAGUAAUAAUGCAAUGAACAGUACUUUAAAACCCAAAGGUGUGAAAGCUUUGAAUCACUUGAAAAGCUUUUUUCUUCCUCCCUCUUUGUUGUUUUCCAAGUAAUUCAGCAAGGAAGGUUUUUGCCCUGGUUUUUGAAAGAUGAUCUGGCAACAGAUCAGAUAAAACUGUUACAAUAUGAUCUGGUAAACCCCCCUGCCUGCCUUCUGGAAGGUGGGGAGAGGGGAGGUGGGCCUGGCCAUGUCUGUGUUGUAUGCACACACAGGAGUUCCAUUUUUCCCAGUCUAUUUUUAAGGUUUUACAAACUCUCAAGUCAUUUUCCAACAGACUGCCAUCCUUUCCAUUGAUUUAGAGCAGCAGGAGGUGAAGGGGCUAGAAGCAUUUUGUUAAUAACUAUUUGUUUGAUUGGAUCCUAACUACAAAACUGCUAUCUUUUCAACUCACAGUGUGUGACAGAUUAUUUUUUAUAACAAUAACCUGUUGUUUCUUCAUGGUUUUCUUGACACAUUCAAGAAAAGCUUAAAAAAGAAAAAAAGAAAAGCUUAUAAUGUCACUUUCCAUUUGUGGCGAUUACUUUGCAGUAUGGAUGAGCAAUGCUUUUAAUGAGAACAAGAUAUUAACAAUAUUUACCACAAAGUGAUGUAGAUUAAAUCUGUGUAGAUUCCAAAAGAUGUAGGUGAGCACAAAUUGGGAUUUUCAGGAACGCCUACAUGCUUUGGCAAUCUUUGAAAUGCCACUGGCUUGCCAAAUAUCCCACUUGUCUGUCAGAGCUGUAACUGUAGAAAUAAUGAGCUGAAAGAUAAUCUUCCUAUAGAAAAUCAUAUUUUAAAAAAGAAAUGGCAAACAAUGUCUUAAGCCAAAACUGUAUCCAGUCACUUACUGAAUAAAUUUUACUAGUGCCUAUAGUAUGGAUUGAUAAAGGGAAUUAGAGAUUACUUUGUUGUCCAAGAAACACAUAGAAAUCUCACCUUUUUAAAGCCUUCAGCUUCUGAAAUUACAGUGUGUGGGGUUUUUUGUUUGUUGUUCUUACAGUUACAGCAGUUGGCAGUAGAAGAUGCUCAUCUGUAUAUCAUUGUGGAAUAUUAAUAUACUGGCUAGUUACCUGGCAACUUUGUUGAGGUUAUUGAUUAAGUUGGCUACUUAAUCUUUUGAAAAAUUCUUUAAGUGUAGUAUUACUUCCAAAGAAGCUCUUUGGCAGCCAGAUUUAAACUUCCUAGUUCAGGCAUGUAUUCCUGCUUUUAAUGAAUGGCAGAUGCACAGCAGCUUGCCUGGUGCUGACACGGGCAUGCAGUGACCUGAUACUUACAAAGUUCCUUACUCUUAGGAAAACAGUGGUUUCUGGUUCCUUUAUUUACACCCUUCUAGCAGCAGAAAUCAGCUGCUGCUGUAAAUGUAAUAGGCUGGCACAUGGAGUGUCUGUAUUGUGCUAGCACUGCCUGGAAGUGGCAACCAGGAAAAGAAAACAGUAACAGAAGUCACAGGUUCAUGAAGCAGCACAAAAUGUAGAGGCCAGGGUAGAGGCAUCAAGACUUCAUGUACAUUUGAUAUUUGUUUUCAAUAGUUUUCCUGAAUUUUACUUCUUCUUUUGGAUUAAAUAGGUAUUAUUUUGUUUAUAAAUUACAUAGCAGAAAGUACACAUUUAACUUGAAGAAUUGGUCAGGAUAUAAGGUCAAAGCAUUUUGUGUUGAAUUUUUGAGAUACUUUAAAUACAUAUGUGAACUUAAUUAUACAUUAUUUUCAGUUAAUAGUUAUGUUUUGUGUUCCUACAGAUGGAUUUUACAUUUGAAAAACACAUUAUUUAUUUAAAUGAUCCCAAAUUCCAGUGGAGAUAAUGAACUUUUAAUAGGAUAUUCAUGUUGUCUUACUGACACUGCUAUUUUACCUUCAGUAUAGAAUUAAUGUGACAAUACUACAUCAUCUGGAAUAUAUCUCAACUUUCUCAACUUAGAAAUCCCA